AUUUUCCCUUAGCUAACAUAUACAUUCAUUAAAGAAAAAGGGAGGGAAAAUGGUUAAAGCAAUGGAACAAGAACAGGAGAGUUACAGGUCCAAACUAUUCAAUUUUAAAGGAAUAUUUGAGAAUGCAGGGAGGCACACAAAAAGUUUGAGUGUUGAGAGUGCCACCACAUUGGAUCCUUCUCCUACCGAGGAAGAAGAUCCAGUGUCAUCAAGAAGUGUAGGAUCAAAGCCUCUAAAUGAUCUUGAUAAGGCUCCUAAGCCAAAGGUAACCAAGGAGGAAAUUGCAGCCAAAGAAGUCAAAGAUAAGAUAAAUCAAGAAAUGGAACAGAUGAAGGAGAGAUUUGCUAAACUUUUAUUGGGGGAGGACAUGUCUGGUGGAGGAAAGGGUGUUUCUUCAGCUUUGGCAUUGUCAAAUGCAUUCACAAAUCUUGCAGCUGCUGUUUUUGGUGAACAAAAGCGCCUAGAGCCAAUGCCACCAGAAAGGAAAGCAAGAUGGAGAAAAGAAAUCGAUUGGCUUCUAUCAGUCACCGAUUACAUUGUUGAAAUGGUUCCUGUGCAACAAAAGAACAAGGAUGGCUCAACAAUGGAGGUUAUGACAACAAGACAACGAACCGAUCUCCACAUGAAUAUCCCAGCCUUAAGAAAGCUUGACACAAUGCUUAUUGAUUGUCUAGAUAACUUCAAAGACCAAAAUGAGUUCUAUUAUGUAUCGAGAGAUCAAGAUGAUUCAGAUAGUUCAAAUAGGAAAAAUGAAGACAAAUGGUGGUUGCCUACACCUAAGGUUCCCGUUGAUGGUUUAUCUGACGGAGCAAGAAGGUUUGUUCAGUAUCAGAAAGAUUGUGUGAACCAAGUGCUUAAAGCAGCUAUGGCCAUAAAUGCUCAAACUCUAUCAGAAAUGGAGAUACCAGAAAGCUAUAUUGAAUCCCUGCCCAAGAAUGGAAGAUCAAGUCUAGGGGACUUGAUCUACAGGAGCAUUACAGAUGAAUUUUUCGAUCCUGAUCAGCUCCUAGCAGCGAUGGACAUGUCAUCAGAACACAAAAUCGUAGAUCUCAAGGACAGAAUUGAGGCAUCGAUUGUGAUUUGGAGGCGGAAGAUGAACCAAAAAGAUUGCAAAUCAUCUUGGGGUUCUGCUGUGAGUAUGGAGAAAAGAGAACUCUUUGAAGAGAGGGCAGAAACCAUUCUACUUCUCCUAAAGCAUCGUUUUCCAGGAAUCCCCCAAUCUGCAUUGGAUAUAAGCAAAAUCCAAUUCAACCGGGAUGUGGGGCAAGCUGUUCUUGAAAGUUAUUCAAGAAUAUUGGAAAGUUUGGCCUUCACAGUGCUGUCAAGAAUAGAUGAUGUACUCCAUGCAGAUUCCGUCGCUCAAAAUCCACAAGGAAGAAGGAGCGUCUCGAGAAACUCAAUUCCCAAGCCAGAUAAGUCUCCAACUCCUAAAGAAGAGUCAGAAAAAGUUGGCGCAGAAACAAUGACACUAUCAGAUUUCAUGGGAUGGAGCAAUGAUCCAGGUGACUCAGACAAGAAAGACUCAGAUGACUCAUACAAAGACAUUGAUAAUGCAAAGCCUCAAAAACUUCCAAACGUAGUGACCGACAAGAAGACGUCCUACCUUGAGACAUUGGGGGGUAUGAGAAGUCCAACAUCACGCCAUUAGGCCAAAGGUUGAAA